CUAGGACGAUUUGAUGAAACUGUUAUUGAAGAGAGGAGACAGUGUGCUGAAGAUCUGCUGCAGUUCUCUGCCAACAUUCCUGCUCUUUAUAACAGUAAACAGCUUGAAGAUUUUUUCAAGGGUGGGAUAAUCAGUGAUGGCUCUGAAUUGAUUGGUCCCGUUGAAGCUUAUCCAGAUUCCCUCACUGAUAGCUUUCCUGAGUGCAGCACAGAAGGUUUCUCCAGUGACAGUGAUCUGGUAUCUCUUACUGUUGAUGUGGAUUCUCUUGCUGAGUUGGAUGAUGGAAUGGCUUCCAAUCAAAAUUCUCCCAUCAGGACUUUUGGUCCCAAUCUUCCUUCAGAUUCUUCAGCACUAGGAGCUGUUUUUUCUGACAGUGAACAGAGCAAAACAGAAGAAGAACGGGAAAGUCGUAGCCUUUUUCCUGGCAGUUUAAAAUCCAAGCUUGGCAAGAGAGAUUAUUUGGAGAAAGCAGGAGAAUUAAUAAAGCUGGCUUUAAAAAAGGAAGAAGAAGAUGACUAUGAAGCUGCCUCUGAUUUUUAUAGGAAGGGAGUUGAUUUGCUCCUGGAAGGUGUUCAAGGAGAGUCAAGUCCCACCCGGCGAGAAGCUGUGAAGAGAAGAACUGCAGAAUAUCUCAUGCGAGCAGAGAGUCUCUCUAGCCUUUGUGCGAAACUUCAACUUGAUGAUGUGUCUCAGCCUCCAGGAUCACUAAGUUCAAGGCCCCCUUGGAACCUAAGGAGCCCUGCCGAGGAGCUGAAGGCCUUCAGAGUCCUUGGGGUGAUUGACAAGGUUUUACUUGUAAUGGACACAAGGACAGAACAGACAUUUAUUUUAAAAGGUCUAAGGAAAAGCAGCGAAUGCAGCAGGAACAGAAAGACCAUCGUCCCCCGCUGUGUGCCCAACAUGGUGUGCCUGCACAAGUACAUCAUUUCCGAGGAGUCGGUAUUUCUUGUGCUGCAGCACGCAGAAGGUGGCAAACUCUGGUCAUAUAUCAGUAAGUUUCUCAACAGAAGUCCUGAAGAAAGCUUUGACAUGGAAGAAAUGAAAAAGUCUUCAGUUGCUAAAGUUCACCUGCAACAGCCAACUUGUAGUCCCCAGGACAGCACCAGCUUUGAAUCCAGAGGAAGUGAUGGUGGAGCCACUCUCCAGGUUCUGCCUUUGAAGACUAGCCUUACUCCAAGCUCUCAGGAUGACAGCAACCAAGAUGACGGUGGGCAAGACAGCUCUCCAAGAUGGCCAGACUCUGGCUCAAGUUCCGAAGAAGAAUGUACGACUAGUUAUUUAACAUUAUGCAAUGAGUAUGGGCAAGAGAAGAUUGAUCCAGGGUCUUUGAGUGAGGAAACUUUCAUGAAGACUGAAAGGAAUGAUGUUGAUACCAAAGCUAUAGAAAACUUCCCAGGACAGCUUGCUACUGACAGCGACAGCCCCAGCAGACAGCUGAAGUUCUUCCCUGGAGACGAUGGCCUUGAAGCAGCUAGUUCUCCAAGAACAUCAGAUUCCCUCAGUAGAUCUAAAAACAUCCCCAUGGAAUUCUUUAGGAUAGAUAGUAAGGACAGCACUAGUGAACUCCUAGGACUUGAUUUUGGAGAAAAAUUGUAUAGUCUGAAAUCAGAACCUUUGAAAUCGUUCUUCGCUCUGUCGGAUGGAGAGAGCACUCCCAGGAGUGUUAGUACUAGUGAAGGCAAGGUAGAGUGUAUAGCUCAGGACACUAUUAGCAGGGGCUCAGACGACUCAGUCCCCGUUAUUUCUUUUAAAGAUGCUGCUUUUGAUGAUGUCAGUGGUACUGAUGAAGGAAGGCCUGAUCUUCUUGUAAAUCUACCUGGUGAACUGGAGUCAAUGAAAGAUGGCGUGGCAAUGGGACCUACUAAGUUCACACAGACUAAUAUAGGCAUAAUAGAAAGUAAACUGUUGGAAACCCCUGAUGUUUUAUGCCUCAGGCUCAGUACUGAACAGUGCCAAGCACAUGAAGAGAAAGGCACAGAGGCACUGAGUGAUCCCUGUGGGCCUAAAGCCCAUAGGAUAACAGAGAAACACUACAUACAGGGGGAUCUUGGGAUGUUAUUUUUACCGGCUGUUGAUCAUGGUGAUACGGCAGACGUGUCUUUGUUGCACAGUUCAGGGUCUAAGUUCCAAGGACUUAGCCCGGGUGAGUCACCAGGAACUGCAGACAGCACAGAAGAAAGCUCAUUCCACAUUUCUGACCCACUCUCAGGUGCUAAUGAAUGUGACGCAAAUGCAGACACUUUAAAAACUGAGGAAGUCUUGCUGUUUACAGACCAAACUGAUGAUUUGGCUAAAGAGGAGCCCGCUAUAUUUCAGAGAGACUCGGAGCCUAAGGGAGAGAGUGGGCUAGCACAAGAAGGAGACAAGGAAAUACAUCAGAUUUUUGAGGACCUUGAUAAAAAAUUAGCACUCAACUCCAGGUUUUACAUCCCGGAGGGCUGCAUUCAAAGAUGGGCAGCUGAAAUGGUGGUAGCCCUUGAUGCUUUACAUAGAGAGGGGAUUGUGUGCCGCGAUUUGAACCCAAACAACAUCUUAUUGAAUGAUAGAGGACACAUUCAGCUAACGUAUUUUAGCAGGUGGAGUGAGGUUGAAGAUUCCUGUGACAGCGAUGCCAUAGAGAGAAUGUACUGUGCCCCAGAGGUUGGAGCAAUCACGGAAGAAACUGCAGCCUGUGAUUGGUGGAGUUUGGGUGCUGUCCUCUUUGAACUUCUCACUGGCAAGACUCUGGUUGAGUGCCAUCCAGCAGGAAUAAAUACUCACACCACUUUGAACAUGCCAGAAUGUGUCUCUGAAGAGGCUCGCUCACUCAUUCAACAGCUCUUACAGUUCAACCCUGUGGAGCGGCUUGGUGCUGGAGUUGCUGGUGUUGAAGAUAUCAAAUCUCAUCCAUUUUUUACCCCUGUGGAUUGGGCAGAACUGAUGAGAUGAACAGAGUGCAGGGUUCUCUGCACACAUUCUGGCCUUCUCUGCGACAGGCAUCUCUAGCAUGGAGGCAGCUCGCCGCACACUCACUUACGGGACAUCAAGCAUUGGGAUUAAGAGCUUUAGAGGAAAUGGAGAGAAAAGGCCUGGGAGAGAACCACUCCUUUACAGUUACUGUCUGGACAAGAUGCCUUUGCAGGGAGCUGUUAUAUAUAAACCAAGGUGUGAUCUUUAUUUUAUCUGCAUUUAGUGGUGCAGGUCAGUUGUAAACCCAACUAAAAGAGGAAUGCCCUUCGAGAACUUCCUCUGAGAUGAAGCUCCAAGUGUAGAAUGAAGUGUUACUUGAAAGGAUGACCUUUACAUGGCAGCUGACUGUGCUUUUCGCUAACCAAGAUAUAUAUACUAAAAGUGCUUCACAAGUAAUGGCAUCUAUGAAGCUUAAAAAAUGAGAAAGAAUAUACACAUCAUGUCUGAUAGGAAACCUCAACCACAAUGCUAUAUAAUUAAUGUAUAUCAAAUGUGGUCCCAUAUUCAUUCUUUCUGAAGUCCACAUAAGGAAAAAAUACUUCCUGUUGUCAACUGUAUACUUUCUUGGUUAGUAUUGCUAACAGUAGGGUUCCUAUGAGCUCUCAGCUCUCUCUCUCUCUCUCUCUUUAUCUUUCCACUUGCUAUACCCUUUGCCUAUCGUCAUAUUCUGUUCUUCCUACCCCUACUAAUACAUAGGCAGCCAAAAAGGGAAGGGAGUAUUUAUAUCCCCAAAUUGUAUCAACUUAAUAAGAACUAAAGAAUCAUGAUGUAAAAUAAAUGAGCUAAAAACUGAA